AAUUAUAAGUAGGGGUACUCCCAGCCUCGCUACCUCCAGUCGAGGGUUGCACUUUGGGACGGGCAUGCGCGCGCGCUAUCACUCGUCGCUCAACCCCACGCACGCACGCAAUGCGCGGGAGUAGGGAAUAGUACGGGACACCCGGCAGCGAGGAAUAUUUUUUUUUUACACGAGGUAUGAGAGAAGGCGGAAAUCUCGCAUACGUAUAUAUUUAUAUAUUUAUGUGCAUAUAUACACGCGCAUCAUAUAUAUAGUUGAUUCCUGCGAGAGAGCGAAGGGGAUCGGGACGAGCGAGAGCUCGCCAUCUGUCGUUGGUACUCGCGCCGGUACCAGAGUGCUUCGGUGGUUGCCGCGAGUGCCGCGGUGUGGCGUUAGUGCGACCGAUUUAGUGGCGCGAACGUACAACUACCCCGGAGGAAGAAUAAUCGAGAGGAGAGGAGCGAUAAUUUAUGAUCAACGGGAAGGAUAAAUCCUGGUAAACCCAAAGAAACUAAGAUUAGGAAAAGCGGAGACGACUUCCGCGUCAAAGCGACGUCUCUGGAGCUUUCAACGCCGGUUUCGAGAGCAGCGGACGCACUCGUCGACGCGACCAUCGGUACUAAUCUGGUGACUUUGGCAUCCACCCCUGUCGGCCGGUUCACCCCCUUCCUCGGCGAAGAGGGAUCGCGCGAGACGGGCGCAUUGACUCUCGUUCAUCCUCGAGACCCCGUCACGCGAUCCGUGUGCGGCAUCCUUAGCUCCACCCCACCGCCGCGCCGAGCAUCCCCCACCACCGUCGACUCCCCUCCCUGCAACGUCGCUCCUCUCCGGAGCACGGCGCUGCCGAUCGCCGAGGGAGUAUUCCUCGCGGCGCGAUCACGGCCGAUUCAGUGUACGACCCGUCGUUGUUGCGACGAUCUACAAGGACGAGAGCAUCGUAGCUUGUCGUUCCAGUGUCCGUUUUCGCUCGUUGGCAUUUUUUCUUUUCUUUUUAUUUUGAGAAUUAUGACCGCGACGGGUUCGUGACUCGUAAGGAGGGAAAAAAAAGGGAGAAGAGGAAUCGCGCGACGAUCAUCGAAUCAUGGAACAGGAGAGAGAGAGCGAAAGAGAUAGAUAAAGAAAGAAAGAAUCCUUCGCGGUACUUUGCACCAUCUAUCAUCGGGUCUGUCGUCUCGUCUCACGGAUAUAUACUGGAAUAAAGUGUGUCAACGUCAAAGUGUGUAAAAAAAAAAAGAAAAAAGUGAGCUAUCGCGCAUGGUAAUGUAAAAUAGCGGCGCGCGCGCGAGUGCAAAAAGUGGUGAGAUAGCUACCCUCAUUCGCGUCCCAUUCGCUACGCGCUCCCGUUCCCGCAAAACGACGGCGACGGCGACGAGGGAAGCGAUCGGGACGAUCGACGAGAGUACCGGACGCGACGCCGGCUAUGCAGCAGCGGCUCGGCGACGCCGCGGCGAGCAGGUAACGCCGACGACGACGAGCAGCAGCAGCAGCAGCGGCCCGCUGCCGCUCACCCCUGCCGCGCGCCUCUCCCCCCGCCGCCCAUCGCCGCGGAAGAAGCGCCGGGCGGCGCGUGAAACACCGAGGGAUAAGUGACGCGUCAACAUGUGGACCACGAUGCUCGUGUGGACGGCCGCCGUCGUUCUUCUGCCGACGCCCCGAGCGGUGAGCGCCUCGGGGAUGUUCGAGCUGAGGCUAAAGUCUUUUGUGAACGAGUACGGCAAGGACAGCCUGGGCAAGUGCUGUUCCGGCAGCGCGUCCAAGACGGGCGAAUGCUCGGGGGUAUGCAAGACGAGGUUCCGGGUCUGCCUGAAGCAGUACCAGGUGAAGAUCGACACGACGUCGCCGUGCACGUAUGGCGACGUCGUGACGCCCGUUCUCGGCGAGAACGUGGUUAACCUCAGCGCGAAUGCCGCCCUGCCGAGCUUCACCAACCCCAUCCGGUUCCCGUUCGAGUUCACGUGGCCGGGCACAUUUUCGCUGAUAGUGGAGGCUUAUCACGACGCGGACAACAGUACCGAGAAAAUACUGAUUACGCGGCUGACCACCCAGAAAUGGCUGGACGUCGGACCAGAGUGGACCGUCGACGAGCACAGGAGCGCCCAUUCGGAGAUGGAGUACGAGUAUAGGGUGACAUGCGUGGCACAUUAUUACGGCAAGGGAUGCGAAAAUCUGUGCCGACCCAGGGACGACAAUUUCGGCCACUACAGCUGUAGCCCAACCGGCGAGCGUGUCUGCCUAUCCGGCUGGAAGGGCGACUAUUGCAACACCCCCCGCUGCCUGCCCGGAUGCGACGAACAGCACGGACACUGCAAUCUACCCAACGAAUGCUUAUGUCACAGCGGCUGGAAAGGUCCGCAAUGCAAUCAGUGCGUCCGAUACCCGGGCUGCCUUCACGGUAGCUGCCAAAAACCCUGGGAGUGCUCGUGCGACGAAGGUUGGGGCGGACUGUUCUGCAACCAGGACCUCAACUAUUGCACGAAUCAUAAGCCGUGCCUGAACGGCGGCACCUGCUUCAACACCGGUCAAGGCCUGUACACCUGCUCGUGCCCGUCAGGUUUCACCGGCUCCGAGUGCCAGACGCCGCUCUUCGAUUGUCACUCGAAGCCCUGCCAAAACGGAGGUACCUGCUCGAUGCAGGAAUCAUCUACAGGCAGCGGCUACGUCAACGGCACCGAAUCUUCUUCCAGGCAGCAGCAACAUCGCACCUAUCGUUGCACCUGUCCGCCCGGUUGGCGCGGUUCACAUUGUGAGAUGACGACGAAAUCUUGCCGGGAUUCGCCCUGUCAACACGAUGCCAAAUGCGAGGACGAUUCUGUACACGGCUAUCUAUGUCAUUGCCCACCCGGUUAUACGGGUGCCAACUGCGAAUCACAAAUCGACGAAUGCAUUCCGAAUCCCUGCGUGAACAAUGGCACUUGCACCGAUUACGUCAAUAGUUAUCAAUGUACCUGCCUGACCGGCUUCACUGGCAAACACUGCGAGAUCAAUGAGGACGACUGUGAGGACAAUCUGUGCGAGCACGGCGGCACGUGCGUGGACCAGGUGAACAGCUUCCGCUGUCAAUGUGUGCCGGGUUACGUCGGUCAACUCUGCCAAGAUAAGGUAGACUAUUGCCUGGCAAAGCCGUGCGCGAAUGGUGGCAGAUGUAUCUCUGGGAUCAAUGAUUAUCGUUGCGUAUGCAAGCCUGGCUUCACCGGUAAAGACUGUAGCGUGGACGUAGACGAGUGCCGAAGCUCACCGUGUCGAAACGGCGGCACGUGCCGGAACCGCGUCAACGGUUUCCUAUGCGACUGUCCGAACGGCUGGCACGGCGACAUCUGCGCCGAAAAAGCGGGCGCAGUCGUAGGUCCACCGGCUGCUCUACCAUCCUCAUCUACGAUUUUGCUGAUUAGGAAGGCGGCGCCGCCGGCUGAAUCAUCUUCAAGUCACUGGCCCGGCAAUCUUUCCAAGCACGUUGCUUCUAGAGACGCCAGCCUGACCACGGAACACGUUGUCAUGAUCGCGACCCUCUCUACGGCGGUCCCGGCUUUUGCGUUGUUCGCCGCAGUGGCGGUGAUGUGCAUGAAGAGACGACAGAAACGGGAACAGGCAAAGGCCGAUGAGGAGGCGAGACUGCAAAAUGAGAGAAACGCGGUGCACAGUAGUAUGAGCAAGCGUAGCGCCAGCACCAUCGGCGUCGGUGGCGUCGGUGGUGGUGUCGGUAGUGGUCUCGGCGGAGGCGGCAGCGGUCUUGGCAGCGUCGGUGGUUUACUCGGCGGUGCCGGUAGCGGCCUGAUUGGCACUGGCAGCGGUAGUGUCUGCGCUCUAGGCACGGGAGACGCACACAUGAUCAAGAACACCUGGACGGCAAGCAAGAGCGUGAACAACGUCGCCUCUGCAGCGCGGCAGGACGAUCUAGAUUCGUCGUUCCAGACGGACGUGACACUCGACAGCACGUGUUCGGGGUAUAAACCGGAGCCGGUGCUGCAGGAUGGCCGGACGACGAGGACGAUGAAGCAGCUGAACACGGAAGCGGCUGCCCAUCGGGCAUCCGCCCAUCUCUACCAGAAGGAGAAAGACUGUCUCGGUCUGGGCCUCGGCAUCGGGGUCCUAGAAAGCGCCAAGAGGUCAUCCGUGUUUGCUGCAGUUGCCGGCAACGUAACGGACAGUUGUUGCAGCGCUACGGAGGCCGCGCUGAUGAAGAGGCCGACGACGAUAUCGGAAACCAUCAGCGGCGUCACCGUCGUUGCUGGUGGUAGUAGUAGCGGUCCACCGGGAAGUGGUGGCGGUGUUAGUAAUAGUGGUGCCACGGACAAUAGUAGUUGCGGUGUGUAUGUGAUAGACGAUCAUUACAGGCACGACGCCACGUUGGCGGCGACGCUCGCGACAGAGGUGUAGUAGUGUCCUCCGGACGCCGGACAUAUAUAGUAGACUCCAUUUAGAGUGAUAGAGAGGAUGAGGGUGAAAGAAUGUGAGAGGGAUUUAGAGCCAGUGCGUGUGCGUGAAUUGACGGACCAUCCUGUUCGAUUUCUCGUUCGAUUUUCUCGGGCGGCGCCGCCGCGACGCCUUCGUCUCGCGGAUGCCUGUGAACGUUUAUUCCUUUCUUUUUCCAUCCUUUUCCUGUUUUUUUAAUUUUUGAUCACAAUUCCCCUUUACGAGCGAAAGGCACGUCGCGCAUCCGUGAUCGGCUCCGCCGACGACGAGUAGGGCGUUUCGUCCCGAUGUUGCGCCGGGACAAGAAGAACGAUGGACUGGCGACAAAGACAUUCGAUCGAGAGAUGAAGAGAAGGAGAAAAUUAACGCGAUGCUGUGGGGGUCGGCGGAUUCCCUCGUAAGUCGCCGACCCGAUUUCUUAGGUAUUAAUAUUAUAUAUCGUGCUCGAACGUGAAACUCUGUACAGAACUAAUUUAUUAUUAUUGUUAUUUACUUAUGUUGUAUUAUCGCGAUUGCUAUUGAUUAUUAUUAUUAGUAAUAUUAUUGCAACUCGUAUCGCAUUAUCUCAUGUUCCCGGUAUUAGUUUUUCUUUUCUUUUUUUUUUUCAAAUUUGAGUGACCGAGCUGCUCUCGGCUGCCGAUCAGAGCGAGAGUGCGAUAGCGAGCGAUCUUAUGUAUGCGAGAGAGUGAGAUGAAGAAAAAGUGAGAAAGAGAGAGCGCAUGUGUAUCGUAUUUGUGUGUAUACGUAGUCGCGAACGAGAGAGUUGAACCGAACCAGCAUCUUCAACAAUGUUGUGUCUUUGAGAAUAAUGUUUAGCAUUAACAUUGCUUCUUAUUUUCAGACUUAUAGAAAUAGACUGCGCAUUCCUGUACAAAAGACUGUCUUUUAAACAUUAAAAAGAGAGAGCGAUAGCGGUCGGAUCUCUUUCUUUCUCCUUCAAUGAUGCGAGAGAGAAAUCGCUCUCUCUUUCUAAAUGUUUAGGACAGUCUUUUGUAUAGGGAUGCGCAGUCUUUUUUAUAAGUCCAUAGACAUCAACAUAGACUGCUUAUAAGACCAUGGAACCUAAGUGGGUUACCUAAGUGGUUAGGUUAAUUUGUGUAUCUAUCUUUUUGUGAUGUAAUUUCAAGUUAUUGACUUUAAUAACUUGAAAUUGCAUCACGCGUGUGCCACAAAAAGAUAGAAACACAAAUAAAUUCAUGCUAUCCUUUUUUCUCAGGAGGACACUCCUCGCUAUCUUAUGAGCAGUUUAUGUUAAUAUGUCUAUAGUCUAUGCUUAUUCUUCUUUUUUCUUUUUUUUUUUUAAUCAGUUACAUUCCUUUGUUUGGUUCAUUGGUCAAGUGAAUUUCCGAAGUUUAGGGCAGCGAUAAUGAAUUUGAGUUUAAUGAAAAAUUGACAGGAGAGAGAACGUGCGCUCGACUUUUUGGGUGUCUCCGUUUCAACGACAACCCCAAUCAGUCAAGUGACUCGAGCACAGGUCCUUUAUGCCCCAUUUCACCAAUCGCGUUUAACUUUAAUCUUAGUUUAACUCACUCUUUAUCUCCUAACUCUUUUUUUAGAAAGAGACAAAGAGUGAGUUGAACUAAGAUUAAAGUUAAACGCGGUUGAUGAAAUCGAUUGUGAAACAUUAAACUGUUUCACAACUUGUCUCCAACUGAACGAAAGAUGAUCCUUUAAUCCGGAAAUGCCAUUUUGAUUGUGCCGAUCGAUGGGCAAUUUUCUAGCUUUCAAUGAAUGCGAGGAAUGUUUUAUAGCAAACACAAGGAUAUCAAAAAUUCUAUGGAGAGGAAAGCCUGCAUGUAUCCUUCGAUAUAUUUUCAUCGAACUAUGUAGAACUUUUCUUACGUGUGAAAAUGAUGAAAAAGAGUCGAGGACGAUGGUUCGUCCACCGGUCUGAAAAAUUCUGAAAAAAUCGCGCGCGGCUUUUCUUCGUGUCAAGAAAUCUAAAAUCUAUUUCUUACAAAAUAUCUUCCGACUAUUCUCCAGAUAUGACAUUUGACGAAACAUUCGCGCUACGUACGGUUGGACAGAUAAACGAAUAGAUGUGUAUAAAUUAUGCAAAUAUAAUAUUAUAAAAUAAAUAUAUAUAUAUAAAUAUAUAUAUACGUAAAAAAUGAACAGUGAGAAAUAGAGACCCGACGUCGUCGACAACGGCGUUUCGACGAUGAUGCGGUUUAUUUCGAAGCGAUUCGGUGCCGAAAUCAGUGAGAGACGAUUCGAGGGGAAAACCAAAAGGGGGGGAAGAGAGAAGAACUGAUCACGCAUAGGAACAUCGGAUCGACUUAUCCUUUUCUUCUCACAUCUGAUCAUAGUGCGACCUAUUUUUUCCCGGACGAAAUAAACAGACUUUAUAGAGAUGUCUCUAAAAAUUGGACACCUGAAAAAAUUAAUUUCUUUCAAAAGAAGACAUUCUUAAUUUUGUGUAGAUCUUUUUUAGAUUUCAUCUUUCUGUAUCAUCCUUUUUCGACCGUACUUUCGGAGGAAUUGGUCGAACUAAGAUCAAAGUUAAAGUUUCGCGAAUUCGACCGUCCUUCCAUUUGCGAGCAUUCGCACCGGACGAACGAAUCCGCGAGAAAUCAAUCAGUAUCGAUCCGCGUUUGUUCGCGUGAAGGGAUGAAAAGAUCAUUCCCCCCGAAUAUAUCACUGUUCGGCUUUCGUGAAAAUUCCCCGUCAUUUUCAUGCCGGCCACGCUUUAUUUCGGCGGCACGCUCGCUGAUUUGGCGCGCGAACGUGCGAUAGAUAAGUGACGAUUGUAUUGCGUGUUGUUGGUCGCACGAUUGAUGAUGAUAAUUAAUUAUUUAUUUGUGACUGCUGAUUGCGAUUGAUGAUUUUACAUGGCGUAAAAAAAAAAUUAAUAAGACGAUUAGCGACGAUAACAGUGAUGACGAUAUUAACGCGUUAGAAACGCGUGUGCGAUGUAUGAUAGAGAGAGAAAUUUGUAGCGAACAAAGAUUGAUGAUGUUCCUGUUACGAGAUAAUGAUAAUUAAAUAAACGAAACGCAAGUAUCGACUAAGUCAGGCUUACUUCCGGGUCUUUUUCGCGCGCGAAGGCGUAGAAAAAAAAAAAAAUAAAAGGACGUAUAACGUCAGCCAUCUGGCUUUCACCCCUUGACCUUUCCUUCCUUCCGUCGAUUUCCCUUAAUAAUUGCCGUCGCGCGCGUACAGACUCCGGGUUAAUGAGAAGCGCAUGCGUAUAAAUGCGAGAUUACGUUGUACGAAUUACGAUUUGUGUAAUAAAAGAGAGAACUGUU